AUGUCCUACAACUGCUGCUCUGGAAUCUUCUCCUCCCGCUCCCUCCGGGACUACCUGCGCUACUCAGGCUCCUCCUGUGGCUCCUCCUUCCCCAGCAACCUGGUCUACAGCACUGACCUCUACUUUCCCAGCUCCUGCCAGCUGGGCUCCUCUCUCUACAGCCAGGAGACCUGCUGUGAGCCCAUCAGGACCCAGACUGUGGUGUCCAGUCCCUGCCAGACGUCCUGCUACCGCCCGAGGACCUCCACGUUCUCCAGUCCCUGCCAGACGACUUUCCCUGGGUCUCUGGGCUUCGGUUCCAGUAAUUUUCAAUCUGUUGGUCACGUUUUCCCAUCUCUGGGCUUUGUAUCCGGUGAUUUUCAAUCCGUGGGUCACAGCCCCAGCAUUUUCUCAUCCCUAAGUUGUAGAUCCAGCUUUUACCGUCCCACCUUCUUCUCUUCCAGGAGUGGCCGGUCUCUUUCUUUCCAACCGACCUGUGGAUCUGGCUUCUACUAA